AUGAAUAUUUCGAUAUUUUUAAUUCUAAUCAUAUUUAUUAUUAAUAAUCGUACUAAUGCUGAAAUUCAUGAAUCUGAUGGAAAAAUUCUUUUGAAUCGUUCAAUAUCAUCGUUGGAUUCGGAUGGUAACUAUCGUUUACCUAAUUAUGACUUUCUAUGUAUACAACAAUUAUCAAAAUGUUCUAAACAUGGUUGGUCAUUAAGAUUUCAAUUAAAACUUAAUCCAAUAAAUAUUUUUGAACGUGAACGUAAAUAUUUAUUAUUUAGUGGUGGUGCACAUGAACCACAUAGUGAUGGAAUAUUAAUUUAUUUAUAUCAAUCAAAAAAUACGUCCUAUCUUGAUAUUGGUUUAAAAGAAUUUCAUAAUGAUCAAAUUGCAUUUUAUUGGCAAAUUGAAGCGGAUUUAGAAAUCAAUAAAUCGAUUGAUGUAGUAAUCACUAUUGAAAAUCAUGCAACAUCAAUUGGUCAACAUCAUCAAAUGACAAUUUUCUUCGAUGGAUAUUUAUAUAAACAAACCGAAGUAGAAAAAUAUACAGAAUUAUAUGUGUUUAAAUAUGAGAAAUUACAUUCAACAUCAAUAACUAUUUAUGGAAAUGAUUCCGGAGUAGCUCGAUUUGAUAAUAUGAUAUAUUAUGAAAGAAUUCUAACAGAUGAAGAAAUUGCGAAUGUUUCUCCAAAAACAGUUACAUUAGGAUGUUUGAAUGAUAAUGAUCGUACUCAUCAAUAUAUAAUACCUGAAAAUUAUAAUAAUUGGAAAUUAUGUCGUAAUGAAUGUCAUAAUCGAAGAAUGAAGAUUGCUUUAUAUUCUCCAACUGAUGGUCAAUGUGGGUGUAUAUUAAGUUCAUUUGAAUUAGAUCUAUCAUUUCAAUAUAAUAAGAAAUGUCAAUGUUCGUUAAAUACAACAUGUUCUACUGGCAAAGAAUGGCAUGUAAUUGUUGUAACAUCUGUCAUCGAUUUGAUUGAUGCUGAAGUUGGUCUAGAAAUUCGUAUGGCUGAUGAAAGUUUUUUAACUCAGAGUCGAACACGUGUUCAACGAAAUGAAGGUGUUGAAAUAAUUGUUUCAGUUAAAAAUGAACGAAAUCUUGCUUCAUUAACUGUUUAUGGUGAUAUCGAAGGUCAUGAACUUACUCCUACAAAUUCAAGUUCAAAUGAAAUUUAUAUCACUGCUGGUGUUGUAAAUUUAUCUUGGAAAAAUGAAGGUUCAAAAAAAGUUCAAUUUCGUGCUGAUUAUCGUCGAAUGGUACAUAAAGAAACAGCUGAAUAUCGUACUGUUUAUGUUGAUGUUGUCUAUAUUAAAACAGAUUUACCAUUAAAAUUUAUUUAUCUUUCACCUGAUAGUCCAAAUUAUCAAACUUAUCAAAAUUUUACUGUACAAACAUUUGGAAGUGUACCAAUAAAUUGUACACUUGAUUUUGGUGAUGGACAUCGACAAACAAAUGGUACAAGUCGUCAUCAAUAUUAUACAGCUUAUUUUUCAAGAAAUUAUACACGUUAUGGAGAAUAUAAUGUAUCUGUUCGAUGUUUCAAUGAACUUAGUGUAAACACUACACAAAUAACACGUAUAGUUCGACGAGAAAAAAUGACAAGUAAAAUGAUUAUAUAUAAAGAUUUAAUGGAAACAUCAACAGCAACACGAUUUAAUUUAAUAUCAAAGGAAGAUUAUUCAUUUCGACAUAUGAACUGUUUGCAUUUAAGAAAUACAAUUACAAAUGAAGAAAUGAAAUUAAUUUGGAGAAAAAAAACACUUGAAGUUAUACCAAAUGAACCAUUACCAAUUGGUAAAUAUCUAUAUCAACUUGAAUGUGAUUCUAUGCCAUUACAACCUUAUAUUCUCAAUGUUCAACCAUCAGUUCGUUCAUUAGAAUUAGAUGCAUCAAAAACAACAAUUAAAAGUGGUCAAUCAAUAGAAUUCUCUAUUUCACUUGAACCAACAUUAGAUUUAACAAUUAUAUUUGAUUGUGGAAUAAAUCAAAUACCAAUAAAAAUUAUAUAUAUACAAGAAAUACAUGAUUUAUCACCUGUUCCUAUUGGUAAUUGUACUUAUUCAACAGCUGGUAAUUAUCAUCCAUUAGUUAGUGUUAUGAAUCAUAUUAAUAUAAAUAAUCAAUCAAAAUUAAUUACUGUUGAACCACCAUUAUCACCAUUUAAAGUUGAAAUUGAAAAUCGUUUAGAUAUAAAUCAAUUAACAUCAAUAACAAUACAUACAUUAGAACAAAUUCCAUUUGAAGGUUUAUUUGAAUUAACCAUCGUGGAUAAAUUUAAUGAAAAAAAUCAAACAAAAACUGAACAUGUACAAUUAAUAAAAUCAAAUAAUUUUACUGAACAUUUAUAUAUGAAUAUAACAACAUAUGGAAAACAAAUUUUACAUAUACAAGGAGGAGAUUUUCCAACAAUACGACAAAUAGAAACAACAUUUGUUAUUGGAACAGAGGUAACAAUAAAACCACAAAGUUAUAUUGUCAAUCAAAUUGGUUAUGUUAAUGAAGAUUUUAUUUGGGUUGAUAUACAAUGGAUAAAUGGAAUUGGUUUUGAUAUUGAAAUUAAUUUUGAUACUGAAAAUAAAGUUUUUCUACGAUAUGGCCAAUUUAUGUCAAAUUAUUUUAAUCGUACAGCAAGAAAAAAUAAUGGAAUACAUCAAGUACAAUGGAAAAGAGUUGCAAAACAACGUUUACAAGUUGGAUAUAAAUUUACAAAAGUUGGCACAUAUAAAAUUAAUGUAGUAUUUAUUCAACCAUCAUCAAUACUUCUUCCAGUUGAUUUAAAAUGUCCAACAGUAAUAAUAGUUGAAAAUACACUUCGAUCAGGCGAAACAUGUUUUCACGAUAAACAAUUUCAUUUAGUAUCAUCAAAUUCAUUAAAUAAUGUAUCUGCAUUAUUAUCACCUGUUCUUCUCUUACCACAUAGUCUACAACAUGAUUUAGAACCUAUAUUAACAACAAAAUGUUCGAUGGAAGAUCUUAUUUAUUCAUUUUAUGUUCUCUCAAUUGAUGCAUCACAUUGGAAAUAUUCACGUACACAACGAUAUUCGAAUACGAAUAAUCCAACAUUUGCAGAUACAUUUCUUGAAAAUUAUUGUUCAAAAUUUGGAGUAAAUUCAACAUUAACAAUUGAACCAAAAUCACUUUCAUAUGGUUAUUAUAUAUCUGUAUUUACAAUAAGUCGAAGUUCAAAUUUAGCUGAUUUUCGACAAUUUAUUCAACCAAUUGAAAUUAUUCGAUCAGAUUUCAUAACAACAUUUGGUGGAAAUGAAACAAUUACGAAUAAUAUGAAUGAACUUCAUUUAGAUUUUUAUUCAACAACAAUUGAUCCAGAUAAUAAUGAAUUUGAUCGACGUAAACUUAAUUUUACACUUAUUUGCUAUCCAGAAUAUCUUCAAUCAAAAAUCUUUCAACCAAAUCUAAUUCAAUUAGGUUCAUCAAGACCAACAGAUACAAAUUCACAAAAUAUAAAUAAUUGGUCAAUACAAUGGACAAAUUUAAAUUUAAUAUUUCGUCGAUCAGAAAUAAAUUUACAUGUUUAUGAAAAUCAAUGUUUUUCAUCAAAUAAAAAUCGUGAAUUAAUUAAAUUUAAUUCGGAUACAAAAUCUUUAUCAAUUAAUGAAGAAGAAUUAUUAUUUACUAAUGGUACACUUCAUUUUCUGUUUAUUGUUCGACAUUUAAUGGAUGGUCGACAAUUAAUAGCACGUUUAGAAGUUGAUAAAGAAGAUACAAUUACUUUUGAUACAACUGAUUUAAGUGCAUUAGAAGAUGUUAUGGAAAAUUUAGAUAAUUUAGCUUCAGCAAAUCCAAAAAAAGCUGUAGAAUUUAUUAGUGGUUUAGCUGAUAAACUUAAUGAAAUGAGUGAUAAUUCUACAACAGGAGAUACAAGUGAAGCUGAUAUAAAAGCAAUGAAUGACCGAAUGGCUGCAAUGCGAUCAAAAAUGUUAUCAUCAAUGGAUACAGUUUUAGAAUCAGCAACUGAUCCAAAUAUGGUUGAUAAAGCACUUAAAGCUAGUGCAACAGUUACAGCAAACAGUGAUCAAAUGCCAUUAGAUAAUCAAGAAAAAGGAGCAAGUAUUAUUGAAAAAGUAGGUACGAAAGUAAAAGAAAUGGAAACAGCUGAUAUGAAUACAGUUACUGGUCUUGCAACAUCAUUGAUGGAUGUUGGUAGUAAUGUUCUUCAAGCUGCUUCAAAAACUGUUUCAAAAGAUAGAGAAAAUGAUCCAGGUGCUAUGAUAGAAAAUCUUGAAUCAAAUAUGAAAGCAACAGAAGAUGAAGAAACAGAUACAAAAGUUCUCUAUGCUCCAACACAAUUUUAUGAUACAUGUGAUGAAUGUGAUACGUUACCUGAAGAACGAUGGGAAGUGUUUCGACAGAAAUUAGAUGAACAAAAAAAAACAAUUACUGAAGGACGAGAACGAGCUUCGAAUAUUGCUAAACGAAGUUCUGGCGGUUUAUUUACUGUUGGUGAUGCUUUAGCGAAUCGUUCAUCAUCAAAUGAAACAAAAACAAUUGAAAGUAAAACAAUGGCAAUGACAUUGACUAAAGCUAAUCCAGAUGGUAAGUCAAGUUUAUCAGCUGGUAAUACAAGUAUUCGUUUACCUGGUUUAUCUGAUUUAAAUUCUGAUAGUGAUUCUUCUGAUAUAUUUACUAAAGUACUUGAAUCAAAAGAAAAUCCAUAUGCAAGUACACAUGGAAAUUCUAGUGUACAAGGAAGUGUUGUAACUAUAAUUUUAUCACGACCAGAUGGUUCAGAAAUGCCAAUAAAAAAUACAACACAACCCAUAUCUAUUCGUUUAUCAAGACCUAUUGAUAAACAACCAAAAUAUGAGCAACAUCAAUUAUAUGGAACAUCAUUUCAAUAUCAUAAAGUCAAUAUACCUGAUAAACAAAUGACUCUAUCGAUAUAUAUAUCUUCUGAUUCAUCUCCAUUGGAUAUGUAUGGUAUUUAUGUUUCAUAUGGUAUAAAUGAAACAUUAUUAGAACCACCAACGGAAUCAAAAUUUGAUUUGCUUUUUGUUUUACCAAAUACAAUAACAACAACAACAGAGAUUAAUUCUGAUGAUGAAUAUGAAUUAAAACAUACAAUUUUAAUGCCACCAAAUGUUCAUCUUGGAAAUGGAACUUAUAUUUUUGGUGUUAAAUUACUAAAUACAAGUACAACAAUGAAUUUAACAGAAUAUAAUUCAAGUUAUACAAUAAAUAUGUAUGUAUCAAAAUGUCAAUAUUGGGAUGAAAAACGAUUUACCUGGAGUUCAGAUGGAUGUGAAGUUGGACCAUUGACAACAUUAAAAUCAACUGAAUGUCUUUGUACACAUUUAACAACAUUUGGAAGUGAUUUUUAUGUUCCACCAAACACAAUUGAUUUUAAAACAGUUUUCAAAAAAUUUAAAACAUUACAUGAAAAUGCUGCUGUAUUUUGUACAGUUAUUGCUAUUUUUGGUAUUUAUAUUAUUGCAGCUAUUUGGGCAAGAAGAAAAGAUAGGCGAGAUUUAAUUAAAUGGACAGCAGCACCUCUGGUUGAUAAUCUUCCAAUUGAUCAUUAUCAUUAUUUAAUCACAGUUCAUACUGGUGUUGGUGCACAAUCAGGUACAACAUCAAAUAUAAAUUUGGUUAUAUCUGGUGAAUCAGCUGAUAGUGGUGUACGAAAAUUAACUGAUGGAAAAAUUCAAGAAUUUUCAGCUGGUAGUGUUCGAAAUUUUGUUAUGAGUGUUGAAGUACCUCUUGGUCCAUUACUUUAUGUUCGUGUAUGGCAUGAUAAUUCGGGUCAAAAAGGCAAAGCUUCUUGGUUUUUAAAUAUGAUCAAUGUAAUGGAUUUACAAACAGGCGAAAGAAAUUAUUUCUUAUGUGAUAAUUGGCUUGCAGUUGAAAAAGGUGAUGGACUUGUUGAUCGUGUUAUACCAUUAGCUUCAUCAAAAGAAUUGAAAAGUUUUGCACAUUUAUUUUCUCAAUCUGUUAAAAAGAAAUUUAGUGAUGGUCAUUUAUGGUUUUCAGUAUUUUCACGUCCUAUUCGAAGUAAUUUUACACGAUUACAACGUAUAUCUUGUUGUAUAUCAUUUCUGUUUUGUACAAUGAUAUCAAAUGCAAUGUUCUAUCGACAAGAUACUCAAGGACAAGCAAAUAAAGCGGGAGUUCUAAUGAAAAUUGGACCAAUUGAAUUUACAUUAACACAACUUUGGAUUAGUUUUAUUAGUACAUUAGUUGUUCUACCGGUAAAUUUACUUAUUGUUACAUUAUUUCGAAAAGCAAAAUAUAGUCAAAAAUCAUUAAUAAAUCAUCAAAUAAAAGAAAGAAAACGUCGAAAUAAAUUAAAUGAAAAAGAUGAACAAUAUCAAAAAACAAUGAAUUUUUUUGCAAGAAAAAAACAUUCAAAAUUACAUGAGGAAGAUAAUGAGUGUAUUGGUGCAUUACCAUCUAUGGAAGAUAAAACGAGAACAUUUCCACAUUGGGUUGUUUAUAUAGCUUGGAUGUUGGUUAUGUUAAGUAUUGUAACAUGUUCAUUUUUCAUUAUUCUUUAUUCGUUGGAAUGGGGUGCUAAACGAGCUAAUGAAUGGUUGAUAACAAUGAUGCUUUCAUUUGGUCAAUCCGUACUUGUUAUUGAUCCAUUAAAAGUAUUUCUUAUAACUGCAAUAAUAAGUUUUCUUAUUCGUCGACCAUAUGAUGAUGAAACAUUAGAUUUUAAUGAUCCAUUUACUGGAGCAUUACUUUCAAAAAAUAAUAUAGCUGAUAUACAUGAAAAUGAUAUUUAUAAUGAUGCACAUAUUAAAGGUAAAUUUUGA